CAGAGAGAAGCUGACGCCCCCAUCCUCACGGCCCCCACCCUCCUCUGACUCCAGCAUCAAGAACGGAUCAAUUUAGAUUAAGAGGGCCAUCAUCCGCCCACCUGCGCUGUGAUUUGACGCGUGUAUCGGGUCACGCACGCGCGCUCCUACCAGAGUAUUUAAGGUGCCCGAAAGUUUUCCGAGUUCAUCCAAGAUCCCGCAGACCAGCAGCGCCGUGUUCCUCCGCGUCGAAGGUCCCAGCUCCAUCCCAGACAUGGACAGGUCGGUCAGGUUCGCAGUGGUCUGCGUCGGGGUGUCUCUGCUCGUUUCCUGCCACUCCGCCGAAGCCUGGUACAAGCAGUCCACCGGACCCAUCUUCUACCCGGUGGGGCGCGCGUCCGGCUUGCUGUCCGGCAUCAGGAGGUCACCGUACGUCCGGAGAGCGGAGUCCGAGGAGGUGCUGGCGGACAGCGAGGAGGCGGCCGGGAACAGCGUGAGCCCCGAGGCCAGCAGGCAGAUCUCUGUGCUCAAAAACAUGGCCAUUUGCGUAAAGGACGUCUCCCCCAACCUGAAGACAUGCGAGCUGCUUGCGGACGGGACCGGAACCUUCCAGUGCAAGGCGGACGUCUUCCUCACUCUGGACUCCUUGGACUGCCUGUCCGCGUGAGCGGAGCGCGCGCAGCCCCCAUCCUCCACCUGGGAAUGCUUCUACUGAGAGGGGGGGACUGAAAGAAAAAUCUGAGAGGAUGGAGGAGGGCGCGCGGGCGGAUGGAUGAGAAUGUUGUCAUUGAAACGUUUUGAUUUGAAGCCAUGUUGACUGCAGGGCGAAUUUCCUGAAAAACAAUUAUUUUAUUUUACCAAUUAAAAUGAACAAAGACUGAGAA